AUGGAUCGAAAGAACGAUGAACCGAACGCAACGUAUAUAACUUUUGGCGGCCACGUUGAAUUGCAGAAACACCGCUUUCUGUACUUUGUGAUGACGUCCAGCGUGUACGUCCUCAUACUCUGCAGCAACUCAACCAUCCUGUGUCUCAUCUGGACCCAGAAGAGCCUCCACCAGCCCAUGUACGUCUUCAUCGCAGCUCUGCUCUGCAACUCGCUCCUACUCAGCACCAACAUCUACCCGAAGCUUCUCGUCGACCUCGUAUCCGACGUGCCGACUACAUCCUAUUUGGCAUGCAAAAUUCAGGCUUUGAUUUAUUACUCUUUGUGUGGUGCUGAGUUCCUCCUCUUGGCAGCCAUGGCUUAUGACCGCUACGUCGCCAUCUGUAAACCGCUGCAAUAUCAAACCGUCAUGAGGAGCAGGACAGUGACAGCUCUGCUGGUUCUAGCGUGGUUCCUGCCGUCCUGUCAGCUCGUGCCGUCACUUAUUUUAGUCAACGGUUCAAAACUAUGUGGAUACACGCUGAAUGGGAUUUUCUGCAACAACGCCGUCACCAAGCUUUCCUGUAUGACCCCCGCAGGGGGCUACGCGAUAUAUGGCGUGUUCAUUUUAGCCACUACUAUAUUUGUCCCCUUGGCGUUCAUCCUUUUCACCUACUGUAAAAUACUCGUCAUAUCCCACAGAAGGGGCCUGGACGCCAGGAAACGAGCCGUGCAGACCUGCACGCCACACCUGCUGGUUCUCGUCAGCUUUCCGUGUCUGUGUUCGUACGACGUCAUCAUAGCCCGACUGGACAUCGAUCUGCCCAAAGCGGCGCGCUCGAUCAUGAGUUUGCAGGUGGUUCUGUAUCAGCCCCUGUUUAAUCCAGUAAUCUACGGCCUGAAGAUGAAGGAAAUCCACAAACACCUCAGGAGGCUUUUCAGCCGAGGCAGAGUCCGCGUUUGUGUUGCACUGAUCAAUAACUGA